UAAAUGCAAAGGGUAAAACGGAUAGGUGCCUACACCCUCCUUCCGUCUAAACACCUGCAGAACCUCGCUGGCAUAUCUGGUUGCGUAAAACCUUUACAUUAUUUCGAUAUUCAAAAACACCAGAAAUUGGCGAUGCCCAGUAGUUGCAGCAUUCGAGCUCUCUGGAUCCUCAACAAUCAAGACACCGUCGUCUUCUCCCGGAGGUUUUCGGUGGUUGAAAGACGUUGGACUGUUGCUUGCAAGAAAGCAAAUAAGAGGUCUGAAGAUAAUCAAGACGCAAAUUUGUCGUCAUCAUCUCUUCCCACAGAUUCGGAGCUAGCUGAUGCAUUUGUGGAACGGAAAAAGAGAGAAGGAUCUGUUCGUGGGUAUGGAAUACGGGUCAAACAGUCAAUCGAAGGAUCAGAUUCAUGGGUUGAUGAUCCAAUUAUGCGUCAUAUAAUAAGCCUUCAUGUCAAGAACGAAGAAGAUGGAAAAGACGAUACAUUUUGGCCUCUCAUUUUGCACACCAAAGGCCAAUAUUACAUCCUUAUACUCCCCUUGGUUGAACCUAGUCAUUUGAAAGCAUACAACACAAUUCGUAAGAGAUCUGAUUGUGGAAAUGGCGUUGGAGUUGAUGGAAACUUGUCUUCUCUGUUGCUUCAACUUCCAUCCAUCACAGGGGCAUUCAUGGUGGCACAUGUUCUAGGAGACAUAAUCACAUCAGAUUUUCAAGAACCUGAAGUUAUUGGAAAUGCAGCUUCAUCUGUUGGAGGUUUACUGGAUUCAUUAACCGGAAGUAUUGGCAUUUCUGCAAGACCAAAACCCGUAGCACCACCAGUUGCAACCUCCACCAAUUCCACCACUGGUUCUGGUGGCUCUGGUGCAUCAGAUUCUCCAAAGCUUGGUCCCAAAAACCCUGAGAAAGAUGCUCUUCGAAGCUUCAUCACUUCUGCAAUGCCCUUCGGCACCCCAUUGGACAUCAACUACUCAAACAUUUCUACUAUUAGAAACAACGGGUUCUCAUUAACCGAUAUGCCACCUGUCGACAGCAAGCAGCCAGCUUGGAAACCUUAUCUAUACAAAGGAAAACAAAGACUAAUAUUCACAAUUCACGAGGUUAUAACUGCAGCAAUGUAUGACAGGGAUGAAAUCCCUGACAGCCUGUCGAUAUCCGGUCAGGUAAAUUGUCGGGCAGAAUUAGAAGGGCUGCCCGAUGUUCUGUUUCCCCUGACCGGAUUAGACAGUAAAAAAAUCGAAGUAAUUUCAUUUCAUCCAUGUGCUCAAGUUCCUGAACAAACUGGAGGUGAUAAACAAGCAGUUAUGUUUUCACCUCCACUUGGGAAUUUUGUCUUAUUACGUUAUCAAAGUCCAUGCUCUUUAGGAACCCCAAUCAAGGGAUUUUAUCAGCUUUCAAUGGUGUCAGAAAACGAAGGUGCGUUUUUGUUUAAGUUGAGUUUGAUGGAGGGGUAUAAGAGUCCUUUAACAAUGGAGUUUUGUACUUUGAAUAUGCCUUUUCCUAGAAGAAAGAUAGUGGGGAUUGAGGGGACACCUUCUAUUGGAAGCGUGUCAUUUACUGAUCAUUUUGUUGAGUGGAAAAUUAUACCCAGUGGACGUGGGGUUAGUGGGAAUAAGAGUAUUGAAGCAAGUUUUCCUGGAACUGUGAGGUUUGCUCCGUGGAAAAGUCAAAGGGUAGUUUCGUCCGGAUUUUUACAAGGGAUUGUGGGUGAUGAAGAGAGUGAUACGGAAAUGGAGUCAGGGAAUAAUAACAUGGUUAAUGUAGAUGAGUAUUUGAUUGAGAAGAUGAAUAAGAAUCUUCUGGCGGUUGAUUUGGAAGAGCCGUUUUGUUGGCAUGCUUACAACUAUGCAAAGGUAUCUUUCAAGAUGGUUGGGGCAUCUUUAUCAGGAAUGACAAUAGAUCCUAAAUCCGUAAACAUUUUUCCAUCUGUAAAAGUACCUGUGGAGUAUUCUACUCAGGUCCACUCUGGGGAUUAUAUAUUGUGGAAUACAUUAGGUAAAUGCCCUGUUGCUGCUACACCAAAAGAAAUAGGCAAAAACUGAUUGUGAUUAUGCACCAAAAAUGACAACUUCUAAUUUAUUCAUUUUUGUUCACAUAUUUUUGUGUAAACUUUCAUGUAAUACAUUUUGGUCUUUCAAGUUUGAGUCGAGUUUAUACAGUACUAAAAUAA